AGAAAUGAGCGAGGAAGAAUGCCCGUUCAAAGCAUCCGACGACCAAAUUAUUCUCCAAACUUCAUGGAUCCUCCGGCUCAACAUAAUCUAUUGCACAUUUCUAUCAAUCGGGUGUUUUGUUGGAGUUGCCUACUGUAUAAGGUUUAUGCGGAAACACCCGAUUUUCAGCGAAUCCACAGCGAUUUUAUUAUAUUUGUCAUUAGCGUUUGCAGUUUUUCAUGAUGUUGCUCAUGUUUUGAGUCAGUGGGCAGUGAUGUAUAGGAGCAUUUUCUACGCUGAUGAUCCUUGCAACAUACUUUUCGACUCUGACGAUUGCCUUUCGCUUGGGAGGUCUAUUGUUUUUGGGAUCAGCGGGCUCAUUUUCAUACAUUCGGCGUUAUCACUAGAUGGGCUUCUCGCCACAUUCACACCUUGGUUCUACUAUAAACAACAACGCAUGUGCGGAAUCAUUCUGGCAGUUUUAAUGAUAUCCGUCAGCAUUGGGGUUCAAUUCUACCUCCUACCAAUUGGAGAAAGCGAGAAAGACUACCUGCCCAGUUGUCAGUUCUUUCGAAAACAAGACGCACCCAGAGCCAAUUUAUUUCUCAUAAGCAGUCUAGUUUUGACAAUUAUCAAUCUUAUGGUCAAUGUUACACUGCUUUUCGUUAAUAAAAUGCAUUCAAAGCGGACCCGAUUCGACGUCGAGUUUCAAUAUCAGCGAAGUGAGGCGAUGAUGACGUCAGAGUCGAUAUCGGUGCUGGUGAUUGCGCAGAUCAGUGCACUCGGGAUUUAUGCGGGUGGAAGUUGGCUUUUUCGGCAGGCCAAGGAUGAGAUUCCGGUUUACUUGUAUAGUAAUUUGAUUAUAUGGGUCUAUGCAAUCUCCUACGCUACCGUAACCCUCCCACUUCUCAUCAUAUUCUGCAUUCGAUAUGUAAGACGGCGCCGCCAGCGGACCAUUCAUCACAUCACAAGCCACAAGGAGAGCCAGGAUCACAGAAUGCAGGAGCUGCGGCGGCUCUGGGGAUAAUUGUUUUAUGGGUUUUUCUUUGUGAAAUUCUUAAAUAAAAAUUCUCUACUUCCUG